AAUUUAAGAAUUACCAACAUUUUCGUCAACAGAAAUUCAAAGAACUCAAACUCCCAUGAGCACCCGGGGCAGCUCGUGUCCGCUGUGAAAAUGCCUCCGGGUGCGCCCAGACAGGAAACGUGUGACUUCUUCACUUCAACAUCAUCUUCUUGCUUCUCAUCAACUUGCAGACACAAGCCUGUCAUAUUUAUCAGACAUGGCUGCGUCGAAUUAUUCCCUGAAGGUCAACAGGGAGCUGUUGGACCCCAGCUUUGAGAGUUACAGGUUAUCUCUGGACGCCAUACCAACGUACAACGUUGAGCUGGAUGCAGCUGUGGAGGAAGUGAAGCUGAAGGACACUCAGUACACGCUGGAACACAUGCGUGCUUUUGGCAUGUACAACUACCUCCACUUAGACCCGUGGUACGAAGACAGCGUUUUGUUCGUGGACUGCAAAGGAAGAGUUCUCAGUCUCACUGUCACCCUGGACACGGCCCUGGGGAAGCCCAGAGAGGUCUACCGUGUGACCGCUGACUCCAGCGAGCGUGAGGAUCGUCUCUGCGCGUCCCUCAGCCUCACCUCGGCGACUUGGGCGGCCCUCGCUGACGGUGCCGGCCGACUCUACCUUCUCCGCACCGGCAAGAGGGGAGAGGGCAGCUCCAAUAUGAAGUGGGAACCACUGUUCACUGAAGACAUGGGGGAGCCUUUCACCAUCCUCCACAGCAUCUCACAUGUCCUGGAUAAAGUCCACACCAUGGAGGUCCUGCUGCUCCGCAUCCAGAAAGACCCACAGGAAACCAAAGGAAGUGGAUACUCGGUGUCUCUGGAAUGGAUCACAGUCGCCAACACUGCGGGACAUGGUCAGGAGAAGAAGUACGAGGUGCAGAAAAGGAGGCUCCUCAGGGGGAAGUCGGUGCCGCACUAUGCAGCGGUGGAGCCGAAGGGGAAGGGCCUGAUGGUGGCCUCGGAGAAACCGUUCACCUUCACACACGUGGACGGACUUCCUGUGGAGCUGCCUGACCCGGAGCCCAUGGAGGUGGAGAAGACAGAUCCCAUUUACUUCUGGCAGCAGACUGCAGAGGACAUCACCGUGUGUGUGCGCAUGCCCGAGGGCGUCACCAAGGAGGAGGUGCAGUUCAGGCUGAAGGCGGACCACAUCAGGCUCGGAGUUCAGGGUUUCCCUCCUUUACUGGAGGGCCAGCUGCACGCGUCUGUAGACCCCGAGGCCAGCGCCUGGAUCAUCAAGAAUGAUAAAAGCCUGGAGGUGACCCUGCAGAAGCGCAGCGAGGGGCCGAUGUGGACGGAGCUGGUGAUGGGUGACAAGAGAGGGCAGUACGUGGUGAGCGAAGAGCAAGCUGCUCUCAUCCACGAGAGACUGACGUUCCUCACCUCGGAAGACCUGAAUGGAAACCCUGACAGGGACAAGCCCCCUUGUAACUCUCAGGAGCUGGAGGACUGUGAUGGGUUCCCAGAAGACAGCUCCAGCCUCACACACUUUGACGGAGAAUCACUCAAGCCCACUCAGGUGGUGAACCUGGGCAGCCAUCAGUACCUGUUCACGGUGGACGUGAACCCGUCUGACAUGCCGUGUUUCUGCCUCAGACACGACGUGGAUGCUCUGGUGUGGCAGCCGCGCCCCGACCAGCCCAGCAACAUGUGGGAGCACAUUGCCACGUUCAACGCCCUGGGCUACGUCCAGGCGUCCAAACGGGAUAAAAAGUUUGCGACCUGCGCUCCAAACUUCUCCUACGCUUCACUGUGCGAGUGUCUCCGCCGCGCCUUCAUCUACCGACAGCCGGCGCCGGUGGAAACCGUCCUCUUUAACAGGAAGCAGGGCCGGCAGGUGGGUCAGGUCGCCAAGCAGCAGGUGGCCAGCCUGGACUCUGAUAAACCCAUCCUCGGCUUCAGGGCGACCAACGAGAGACUCUACAUCCUGACCUCCACUAACCUCUUUGUUCUAAAGGUCAAUAACAAUUAGAUCUGGGACUCGUUAGCUGUCAUCUCAUUCCCUCGUUUCUGAAGAAACUUCUUUAUGUUUAAGUCUGUACCUCCCUCAAGUCUUCUGUGUUGCAAAAUAUCCAGAAGACAAAAACGUAUAGGAAUCAUGUUCUGAAAGACAAAUUAUAAUAAUGAGAUUCACCCGAGCUGAAUGUUUCCAGGACUUCAUUAAGAAAAUAAAUCAUUCCCUUAAUUGCUUAAUUGUCGGCUGAGUCUCAUUUGAUGCUUCUGGAUGUUUCAUAAAUAUGAAUUUAACCUUUGUGGCGCCCUAUUGAUGCAUUAUACCCACACAUCUGUAACGCAAUGAAUCCCCAUUCAUAAAUAUAAUUGUAUACAUUCCUCUUAAUGAACAACUGGUUUCCUGAUCGCUGGCUGUGUUUCGCCGCCGGUUUGUUUGUAGUAUUUUGUCAGAUGGUCGGUGGGGAGGAGGAGGAGGACGCUGAGGAAAUCCCUCUCCUUGGCUCGUUUUACAAUCAUUACUGUGGAAGUAUGAAAGAAAGAAGCGAACAGUCAUUUCCAUAAAUUUGCAUAAACAUGUUUCACACAUCGGGCUGGCUCCUGUUGCCUUCGCCUCGAUCGAGGACGGAUCAGACGGACUCGGAGCCUCAAAUCUCAAGGCCUUAAUAUUCAAUCAUGUCUGCUGUUGCCAGUUUUCUAAUUUUCUCCUUUUUUUCCUGCUGGAGGUGAAGGGUGAAAUGGGAAUGCUACUUUCUCAUACGUGCUCUGAGAAUGUUUGCACAUACUGUAGACGCUAUUGAACAAGAGUGCAUCUUAGAAACCUGGAAAGAAAGUACAGAGAUUUGCAUUAUUAUUCACAUCUUUCUUUUUUCAUGUAUAUCUCUUGGGUUGUCAAGACAUAAUACAUAUUCAACGGUACAGAUACAUUUCACCCAUUGUUCCCCCUUU